ACCCAGAAUGCGCCACAACUCAGAUGUCUCAUGAAAGUGCGACGGGGAGGCUGUGUCGGUGGAGAGCUGCUAUUUUGUGCCUUUUUCUGGCCUAAUGCGGCAUUCCCCAGUGGAAAUCACGAAGAGAUUAUUGUCUGCGUUGGACGAGGAGAGCAAUGUCAUUGACAUGGCUGUGGUGCGUGACGUCAUCAGUAUCCUCGAGCAGCUGCCCAUCUCCACAGAGGCGCUCGAGGCCACACGAUUGGGCAAGCACAUCAAUGACCUGCGCCGGCAGUUGGGGGCGCAGGACGCCAGUCUGGCCAAGCGAGCCAAGGCGCUGGUGCGCCGCUGGCGAGCACUGGUCAUCCCGCCGCAGACGGAGCCGGCUCCGGUGAAGCCGGCCCCGGUGCGGCGCGCCAGUCCGUCCGGAGCCAGCCCGCACUCGUAUCCCUCCAGUGCCAACACCAGUCCGUGUCUGUCGCGCUCCACCACGCCCGGCCUGAACAAGCUGAGUCCGGGCCUGGUGCGGCCGGCGCCGGUGAGUCCGGCGCUGAGCGCCCGGCCGCGGCCGCCCACCGCGCCGCCGGCCACACACGAGGUGUCCUUCUCACCGCUACAGGCGCAGCCGCCCGACAAGACUGACGUGGCCAACAAGCGCAAACGGAAAGCGGACACAGCUGGCGGCGGCGAGAUACGGCCCGACAAACGACCACGUUUCAACGGUGUCCAGGACGAGUGCAGUAGAGAUAGUAUCUCAGGCGAAAUCAAUGUCGAAGUGCCUGCCGCGCUGAAGGCGCCGGCGCCGGCCAAAAAGCCGCGCCGCUCGCGCUCGGCGCUCCCCGAAGUGGCCUCUUUCGAUGACCUCAGCGAAAAGGUGUCUGUGGCGCGAACGAAGCGCGUCAAGACGACGCAGGAGCUGCUGUCGGACCUGGCGGAGCGCAGCGGCGACUCGGCGCUGGCGCGACGCGCCUCCCAGCUGCCGGCCUCUCAGCCGCCGCCGCCGCCGCGACGCGACGCCCUGCACGACCUCACGCGCAACAAAUCGGCGCACAUCGAGAAAUUCCUCAACUCACAGGGCACUAAGCGGCGGCGCACUCCCAUAGAGACGAUAGACCUGGAGGAGGACGAAGAGCCGGGCGCCGCGGCGGCCGAGGAGCCGGCGGCGCCGCCCGAGCCGCCGCCGGAGCCGCCCAAGCCGUGGCCGACCGAGGCCGAGAUUCUGGCUCGCCUGCCGCCCCUCGACGAGGACGCAAUCGUGUGGAGUGAUGACGAGCCGGCCGAGACGACGCCGGCGCCGCGGCCGCCGCUCGACCCGGCGCGCCUCGGCGGCGAGCACUUAGAGAACAUUACCGGCAAUACGAACCACCAGGGCGAGUUCAGGGAGUGGCACCAAGUUGUUACGGCAUCCUCGUGCGACGGAGGUGUGCUGCCCAUGUUGCCUUACGUUAUAAUUGAUUAGGCUGCUUGCCGUUUGUGCUUAUAGUCGCUUGCCGGGCCGCGGAUGCCAGCGCCGUGCCGCCGGGGUGCUGGUGGCUCGCUCGCGCCCGCGCACGCGCACCGUUGUCCGGGAUUGAGAGCGUGACCCUGACCAUUGAGAUGAUCCACUCGGACUGACCGACUAGUCGCCCCAACCGUGUUUUUUUCUGAUUGUUCGUUUGGUUCGUUAGUCUCUUGUGUCCGUGUCCCAGUCCUCUCUGCAGCAGGCACCACCUUCCAUUGCAGUCUUUCAGCGGACUACCGAGUAUCUCAUUUAUCACUAAACACGGCACGGGUCGCCAGUCGACCGGCCGGAGGAAGGCACACGCCGGCCCGGCUCGGCUCGACUGGCGGCCCGGCUGGCUUGUUCCACGCACUGUACAUAGGGUACUGUUGAGUUGCCAAAUAUCCGUUGUUUGUGAUAAUUACACCUUCAAUACAUGAUCAAAUACGCAUUAAUUGGGGGCCCGUUCCAGUUCUGGUUCCGCGGGAGGCGCCGCCCGACCGUUGAUUCCAGGCCCGAGUCGCCGCCGGGCCGCCCUCCCCGGCUGCUCCGGUGUGCCGCUGAUCUGUCUGACUGGGGUGGGGCAUUGUUGACAAGGCCGGACAGGCGCCCAUCCAGUUACGGGACUUGUCUCAAUUUUGUAAACCGAGCAGAGAAAAUGGCCAACUGUUAAGCGCUGAAUACAUGAGCUUUGCGA